GUAGUGUGGGAUUGCAAGCUGGGAAAGUAGGCAGCUGAGAGCAAAGGGAGAGAACGGCAUCCCAGAGAGAAAGGGUAGGGAGAGAAAAGUGGAGACUAAAACAGAAAAAAGAGUGAGGGCAAGACAGAGAGAAUGAGAUCAUACUUAAGUGAGGGAAUGGAAAAUUAGAAACAAAAGUUAGAAAAAAGGAGAGAGGGAGAAAGACAGAGAUAUCUAUCUAUAUCUAUGUUUAUAUUUACCUAGGGAGAGAGAUACAGAAAGAGGUAUAAAUAGAGGGAGAACAAUUAAGAUACCAGGCAUAGAGGGGAACAGAAACUUAGAAAGACUGAUUCAGAAUCAGAGACUUGAGGACACAGGACUGGACUGUCUUUAGUCUCUUUUGUGAGCCAUGGAUGCAGAAGGGAGAAGUGAGCAGGGUAAGCAAACGAAGGAGCAAGUUUGCAGCAGCCUGUGGCCUGAGGGCUACCCAGCCGCUGAGACUGUGACCUCCUCAGUGGACAUGAACACUCGGCCUUACCGGAACCUCUCUAGUCUAAGAGUGGGAAGACCAAAGCUUUCCCCACAAGGAGGACAGAGGGGUCGGCCACACUCCCGGCGCCGUCACCGCACCACCUUCAGUCCAGGGCAGUUGGAACAGCUGGAGUCAGCUUUUGGGAGGAACCAGUACCCUGACAUUUGGGCACGAGAAAGUCUCGCUCAGGACACGGGCCUCAGUGAGGCCAGAAUCCAGGUCUGGUUCCAGAACCGCAGAGCUAAGCAGAGGAAGCAAGAGCGGUCACUGCUCCAGCCACUGGCCCACCUGUCUCCUGCCACCUUCUCUGGUUUCUUGCCCGAGCCCCCUUCUUGUCCCUACUCCUACCCAACACCACCUCCCCCAAUGACCUGCUUCCCUCACCCCUACAACCAUGCUCUUCCAUCUCAGCCCUCCACAGGUAGUUCCUUUCCUCGACCCUACCAGUCUGAAGACUGGUACCCCAACUUGCACCCAACCCCUGCUGGUCAUCUGCCCUGCCCUCCAGCCCCACCCAUGCUUCCCCUCAACCUUGAGCCACCAAAGUCCUGGAACUAAAGUUAAACAAGUACUGAUAAGGUCCAGUCUUUCCCACUUCCAACAGGCCUUGCACAUCUGAUAAUACAAGAAUAGCUAUCCAAUGUGUUAUAAACAAUAAAUAAAUAAUAACUGAUA